GCAGAGUAGGAGCGAGUGUGUUCAGGCUGGUGAGAGUCGGUGUCGGGCGUGUAGAGAGCGUGGUGGAGAUACAGCGCGGCCAUGGCCCGCACUCGGCGUCGAGCAAAGAAAAAGAAAAAGAAAAAGAUCAGGGCUGUCGAGGACUGAGCCUCGCAUAAAAAGGAGAGUGUCUAGAAAAGCGUUAGUGUUUACAAAAUGGUUUCAUACAAAGAGACUAGAAGCCCCACCUAAUCUCCAACCACGUGUAUUUCAUCCAAUUCAAUUCCUUACGGUAUCAUUUGCCCCCCCUCGAACAAGUGCGCUGGAGGAUACGACGACGACGACUACGACGAAAGGGCGGGGAAGGGAAAGAUGCCUGUCGAGGGGCUCACAUUCGCUUGGCUCAUUAUCUUAUCUUGACCGCAGUCACAUACCGUACGCGCGGUGCAGCCGUUAUGCAUUUGAAACCUGUGCACUCACUGGUG